GACAAAAAGGAGAGUCGUGUCCUAUAAAAAUAUGAAACUUUCUUGGAACAGUGUCUUAUGCAACAUCUAGUCCAUUAUUUUGUUAAAACUGAGGUUGACACUUUUACUGCACUAAAUGAGUUGACCUUGUGUGAUACGCCAUUAUUUUUGGAUUCUUAGGUUGCGCUGCUAAGAAUGGGGAAACAUAAGUUUAAGACACGUUGUUAUUUGGAUAUCAGAAUAGAUUCACAACCAGUGGGUCGUAUCGUGUUAGAGUUAUUUAGUGAUAUAUGUCCAAAGGCUGCUGAAAACUUUAAGAAGUUAUGUCAAGGAGUCUGUGGUUUGGGUUUAAAGACGGGAAAACCACUGACAUACCAGGGGAGUAUAUUCCAUCGAGUUAUCAAGGGAUUUAUGAUACAAGGAGGUGACUUCAGUAAUAGGGAUGGGACUGGCGGUGAAUCGAUAUAUGGAGGCACUUUUGCAGAUGAGUGCCUAACGACGGAACAUGACCGCCCUUUUCUGCUGUCGAUGGCAAACAGAGGUCCCAACACUAAUGGGUCUCAGUUUUUCAUCACCACUGCUCCUGCACCACAUUUGAAUGGGAAACAUGUAGUAUUCGGUCAUGUAAUAUCUGGAGAGGAUGUUGUUAGGAAAAUUGAGGCCGUCCCAAUCGCAGACACCAAAGCUCAUCGUCCAGUCAAGUCGAUUGUAAUUGACACUUGCGGAGAGCUUAUACCAGUUAAAAAAGGGAAGAUCUCAAGUGGGGAGAAGAAAAAGAAAGCGAAAAAGGAAAAAAAGAAAAAGAAGCGAAAAGUCAGUGAGGAGGAAGAUUCAUCAGAAAGUGAGAGCAACAUGGGUAAUGGAUGCAGUGUUCGAAAAGAAGAGAUUCCAGAAGUGCCACCACCAAAGUUUCUUUACCGUGGUAACUAUGAAGAGGAUCAGCUGGAGUUACAGAAAAAGAUGGAAGUCAGCCCAAGUAUUUCAGCUCGUCUCAGCAAUUGCUCGACCGAGUCCAGGCAGGGUGCGGGGAGCAAUCGUGAAAGUGUUAGAAGUCGAUAUCAGGAGGACCGCUCAGGUCGAGUGGUCAAGGGACGCGGUCGAAUUUGUUACCAAAGUCCGAAUUCCCGUUCAGGAAGUCCUGAACGUAGUACUACUCCACCACAUUGGCGCCAAGCAAGCUCUCACACUCAAAAGUUAGACCAAGAUGAUUGGAAACAAUGGAAUGAACGGCGAAACCAGGAACAAAUGAAUAAUUUACAAAGAAUGUCGUCUCAUUCAUCCCGUGGGAGCCGCCAUGAUCCACCAUCUCCCUCCGUAGCUGCCAGUCGUAACCGCAACCCAAGCACCUCACCAUCUUUUGUAACCAACUUUGGUGUUUCUAAUAAUAUAAGAGACGCUGAUUCUCCGAAGAAAGAAUUUUCAACAAGUCAAAGGGAUGGUCGCAAAUCGCGUUCUCCUAGUCAGUCACCACCAAAGAAUCAUCAGAUUUUAGUAGAUGACUCCAAGAUAGUGGAAAACGGUUCCUCUCCAACACAGAAUCACGUAUCACCAACUUCUGCCGUACAAAAAAGGAUAAAUACCGAGUACGUGGGUAAAUCUGAGGAUUCGCAUCACAGGCGCUAUCCUAGAUCACCCGAAGACAUGCGUCCGACACCAUUGUCUGAAGAUUUAUUUGGUAAAGAUGAAUGCACAGAUCAGCGUAUUUCGGGAAUAGGCGACGAAAGUAUGGUAGAUAUCGAUGAAGAUAAGCCUAAAACUCUUGCAACCAAUACUCAUGAACAGUCUUCAAAACUCUCUAAAUUUUCAGAGUAUUCGAGCGUUAAGUCUGAUUCACCGAAGAGACAAUUAGGGGAUUCACCGAAAGCCUUAUCUCGCAGUCAGUCUCCUUUAAAGUUUUCCGGGUCAUCAAAUUUGAAAUCUCCACAACAAGCUGUUGUUUCCCCAACUAACUCAUCCACUUCCAGUCAACAACAGAAAUAUCGAUCAAAGUCUCCUGUCCUUCAAAUGCUUUCGCCCAAACAUGCUACUAUAGAGAAUCAAGCUCCUACGGAGCAGAACGCCGCUUCACCUCCUACUUAUUCAUCUCCUCUAUCCGUUAUUGGUUCCGAAAACCGACUGCCAUCUCCACCUGAUCAAAAUGCGCAACAAACCUCUCUUGGUAUUCCUCAUAAACAUCAAGCUUCUCCAGAACUUCCUUCUAGAAUACCAUCACCUCAGCCAAUUAGUUAUAAUGAACCCGAGGACAUACCAUUUCCAAGUGAGUCUGCCCCACCUAUACAAGAAAAAGCCAAGUCUCCAGAGAUACCUAGCAAACCGCUCAUAUCACAAACAGAUGAACAGCCAAAGGCCGCUCACAUCUCUCGAUCAGCUUCACGAAGUUCGUCGUCAUCAGAAUCUGGAUCAGCUUCAUCUUGUGAAUCUGACAGUUCUAGGUCACGUUCACGUUCCCGGUCCCGAUCUCAAUCUGAAACAAGUCCGAAAUCCCAUCGUAGACAAGCUCCACGAAGUCCUCCAGCUCAUCUUGUGGAGAAAUGGAAAAUGCGCCGUGAAAUGCUGAACCAAAAACGUCGUGUUGUACCACCAUCCGUAGCAGCGUACGCACCUUCUGGAUCAUCAGAAGACCGUUUAAGACGUAAUGCAUCUGGAAGAAGUAUCCAUGCUCAUUCCCGCUCACCAUCACGUUCCAUCACCAGCCGUCGGAGAAGUAGAUCUUCGAGUUCUCGUUCCAAAUCAGGCUCAUAUUCCCAUCGUCGUACUAAAUCAAAUAUAAGACGUGGUUCUCCUGAAACAGAAAGUGCUCGCAAACGAAGAAGAAGUACCAGUCGUGAUAGGAAAACAUCACGCUCAAAAUCUCGUAGUCGUUCACCCGCUAAGGGGGGUUACGGGUUGAAGCAUCGAGGUACCUCACCCAGCAAACCUAUUAUAGUGAUAACGAAGAAAAGUCAUACUACACAAAAGCCACCGAAAAUUGUCGCUGAGGACCCACCUGUUGAGGUAAGUUCACUCUUUAAACUUAUUGAGAAAUGUUUGUCUUUUUGUGUUUAAAAUUGUUUGAAGAUAAGCAUAUUAAUGGGGCAUAAUAGUCAAAUGGGAUUUCGGUGUAAAAGAAUAUGGAUUAUUGAUACUGUGAAAUUGCGAAAAGUAGUCGGUAGAGAGCUAUUCAACACAGUUGAUAUUCGACUUUACUUAACUAAAGUUUCAUGGUGAAUUUUUUCUUUAUUUCAGUGGUUAGUUUAUUGAGAUCAGUGCAAUAGAAAGAAACAGUAGGAUCGGUGAAGCAUUCAUUGUCUUCUAUCUUCAAGAUUAAGAUAUUCCUGUAUCAAGCAAGUGGGAGAAAUCUCCUCAUAUUGCAGAAGAAAGUACAAACCAGCCUUCAGUACCUCAGUGGAGUAGCAAACCGUGGCAGACUGACAGUAAACCGGAACUUGAAGAAUCUGUUAAUAAGAACGGAAAGAUUCUGCCUGGGAAAAUUCAAUUGGCAAAUAAUAGCACCGUUUUACAAAGACUUCGAGGUGCACAACAAGAGUCUACUACUAAUAACGAGACACAACCAAACAAAGAUGACUCUUCUGUUAUCGGUAGUGAUACAAAAACCAAUAAACUAGAAAACUCAACAGCUGCUUCGUCUGAAACCACAUCAGUGUCAAAUGUACCGACUAUGAUCAAACCUCAAGUUCCACCUCUUCCUAAAAAUCAGGUUAAAAAACCAACUGCAAUCAGAGGACGAUCUCAUUCAUCUAGUUCUAGUUCAGCCUCUUCUUCUUCCUCUUCUGGAUCUUCAUCGAGGAGCUCAAGCAGACCUAAGCGUUCUCGCCAAAGAUCUCGAUCAAUAAGCAAUUCUGCUCGUAAAGUUCAGCGAAGUGAUUUUUCAGACUCAAGAAGUAGAGGGAGAGGUCGAUAUUCCCCAGUCAGUCGUUCAUACUACACGAGAUCACGUUCACGCUCAUUCUCUACACGAGCUUCUACAAAUUGGGGUACGCGUACAAGCUAUCCAAGCCGAAAUCGUUCUUGGUCUAGGUCACGUUCUCGAUCAUUUUCAAGAGACUCUCGGUCGCGCAGUUCAAGCACACGUCGACACAAGCGUCGCCACAGAAGAACACGUCGCGGUAGAAAUUCCAGUCGCAGUUGGUCAUCCUCCAGAAGCUCAAGCAGAUCUACAAGGCGACGUUAACUGUAAUAUUACUAACUUAUGCAACAACUGAACUAUCCAGUCACUUGUUUUGAAAUGUAUUUAUUUCACAUUGUAAUUUUGUUUUCUCACUUUAUAAACAUCAAAAAGGCGAAUGUUUCAAGUUAAUUAUAUUGAUGAAUAGCGGUUGUUAUGAUCCGAUACAUGUGAAUAGAUAAAUCGAUAAAGUGAUGGAAUGUUAUAAUAAAUAAAGUAUGUUUUUGAGG